GAGGUAUAUGGAGGAGAAAUCCCCGAUGUCGAAGCCGAAAUGGAGGCUCCGAAUCCAGACGUCGUCAUGUCCGCCGCCGAUGAAGAUGCCGUCAAGGAGCUAGAUGAGAUGAAGAAGCGACUGAAGGAGAUGGAGGAAGAGGCCGCGGCACUUCGCGAGAUGCAGGCAAAAGUGGAGAAGGAGAUGGGUGCUGUUCAAGAUCCUGCAAGCAUGGCAGCAAAUCAAGCAAGCAAGGAGGAGGUGGAUUCUCGAUCAGUCUUUGUUGGCAAUGUUGAUUACGCUUGUACACCUGAAGAAGUGCAGCAGCAUUUUCAAUCAUGUGGCACUGUGAACCGGGUCACUAUACUAACAGACAAGUUCGGGCAACCGAAGGGCUUUGCUUAUGUGGAGUUUGUCGAAGUAGAAGCUGUGCAAGAGGCUCUGCAACUAAAUGAAUCAGAGUUACAUGGUCGGCAACUGAAGGUAUUGCCAAAGAGAACCAACGUUCCCGGAAUGAAACAGUAUCGUCCUAGGCGUUUCAACCCUUACAUGGGUUACCGAGUUCGCAGGCCCUUUAUUCCUCCGUAUUUUUACUCCCCCUAUGGAUACGGGAAGGCUCCAAGGUUCAGAAGGCCAAUGCGUUACAUGCCUUACCAAUAAAUCUCUCCCCCUCCCCUCUUGAGAACAGUAUCUACUAUCAAAGGGCCUUCCCUUGAGCAUUAUGUGUAUGUCUUUUCACUUGGCCUGAACUGAACUGAACUGUAUGGCUUAGACAUCCAUUUUGAACCUCGACCAUGUUCUCCUUUGUACGGAAUAUGCUCUCUUAUAUUUCCAUGUUGACUUAAUAGGCUGAUCAUUCUUUUUUC